AUGGCUUCAGUCGUCUUCCCAGCUAUCGGGACUGGGAAUCUUGGCUUUCCUAAAGAUCUGGUGGCCAGAAUCAUGCUGACAGAAGUCCAGAAAUAUAAGCCUACAAACCUUCGAGAGGUAACUGUGAUUGUGCACCCUUCUGACAAGGAGAGUGUAGAGUGCUUUAUCAGCAUCUUUAGACAAGGGAUUCAGGGUCCCAUCACAAAAGGAGCACAUGUCAUGCCUAAAAUGAAUAUUUCUAGCAAAUCAGCUCAGACCUCUGAGGUAAUUGGCAAGGUCUCCUCUCCCUCUCUCGGGGUGCACACUAUGCAGCUGGGUCAAGUGACUCUGGAGGUUUCAUCAGGAGACAUAACUAAAGAAAAAACCGAUGCCAUUGUCAACUCCUCAAAUCAGACAUUUUCUCUGAAAGCAGGAGUAUCCAAGGCCAUUUUAGAUGCAGCUGGAGUACAAGUGGUACAAGAAUGUUCACAGAUUGUGGGAUCAUCAAACAUGCAGCAAACAGAGAUUGUGACCUCAGCCGGGCGGCUUCCACGUGGAAACAUCAUCCAUGUUAUUGGACGCAAUAGUCCGUCUGAAAUUAAGGAUCUUGUUUUGUCUGUUCUGAAGUUAUGUGAGUCAAGCCAGAUUACUUCUGUUGCUUUCCCAGCUCUUGGCACUGGUCAGGGUGGUGCAAAUCCAGCUGAUGUUGCAGAUGCAAUGGUUGAUGCAGUUGUCGACUUUGUAAAGAAAAAGAAACCAGUGCAUGUAAAGUUUGUGAAAUUUCUUAUAUUCCAGACAAACAUGGUGGCAGACUUCCACCAAAGCAUGGUCAGAAGAUCUGGUGAGAAAGUAGAGGAGGAUAAAGGUCUGCUUACCAAAAUUAAAGAUACUGUUCAUCAUUUACUUUGGGGGGAAAGUUCAGAAUCUCCUAAAAAUGAAGAGUUUGUGAUGGUCGGUGAAGAAAUUGAGCCAGUUGUGUUUCAACUGUGUGGUGAGACACCAAAGGACCUGAGUGAAGCCAGGGACAUGGUCAACAGUUUGAUAUUACGGGAGCAUGUGACCAUCCCAAUCCAUGAUCCAGCCAUUGCUCAUUUCACCAGGGAGGAUGUAGAAACACUGAAUGCCAUGCAGAGAGAGCUCACAGUCAGUGUCCGGCUUGAGAAGAAAGGCCAAGACUCUGUCAUCACACUGGAGGGCCUGACAAGAGACGUUCAGAUUGCAGACAGUCGCAUUCGGGACAUGACCAGAAAGGUGGAAAGGAAUGAAAUCCGAAGAAGUGAGGCAUUUUUAAUCAGCAGUAUAGUUAGUUGGCAAUAUCAGGAGAAUGGACACAGCCCCAAAACCUUUGAUAUGUUGACCAAUUAUGAGCUGGAACAGGCCUUUCAGAAGAGACAGUCUACAGUGAGAAUCAAGAUUAAUAAUGAUGAAUAUGAGGCUAAUUUAGCUCGCAAUGAGGCCACAAGAAGAGGAAUAAGGAUUGAACUGAACAGAGUAGAUCUGCAAGCUGCUGCUCAAAGCCCUUUGCCUUCACACUGGAAGGACAUGAAAGGACAGGCAGUUGUUCUUGUAAAACUCACAGCAGGCUCAAAGGAAUAUGCAGAAGUGGAGAAGGAGUUCAGGAGAACCAAUCUAAACUCUAAAAUAAUUGAAAUUGAAAGAGUUCAGAACAACGCACUUUGGAAAAACUACAUGAUAAAAAAAGAGGAACUGGAAGACAAAAACAAGCACAAAAACAAUGAAAAGCGUCUCUUCCACGGCACUGGCCCUGAUAAGACAGAUCAGAUCAACAAUCAUGGCUUCAAUCGCAGCUUCGCUGGCAUGAAUGGAGCCAUGUAUGGGAAUGGUUCAUAUUUUGCUGUGGACCCACAUUACUCAGCCCAAGGCUACUCUGCACCUGAUGCCAAAGGACAUAAACGCAUGUACCUUGUCAGGGUGCUUGUUGGCGAUUUCACUCAAGGAAAAAGAGGCCUUCUUGUUCCCCCUGCGAGGAGCUCCAAUAGUGCUGAUCUCUAUAACAGUGUGACUGACAACAUGAGAAACCCAACCAUGUUUGUGAUCUUUAAUGAUGUACAGGCUUAUCCAGAAUACCUAAUCACCUUCCAGUAA